CCAGCCCCUGGCGGCUCUCCCUUCCCACCGGUUAUUUCCGUGCCUGCAUCCUAGCGUGGCUUCAUCUUUAACUGAUACAAGCCCCCUGCUUUCACCCUUCCCUGGCAUAACCGCGUUCUCAGGCGUUUCCAUAUGUCUUUUCACCUUCUGUUUUACUCCUUGAUUACUACCUGUCAUUUCUCUUCCCUGCCCCUGCAGCCAGUCCAGCCAGAUGGGUUUCCAGGCGUGGCUGCCGCUGCCGUUGCCCCGGCAGCUGGUGGUGUUCGGGCUGGGGGACUGGAGCUGUUACUCGGCGGACACGAGCAUCGCGGUGGAUGUGCUGGUGGCCCCAGGCAUUGCCCCGCAGCGGGUCGGCACGCUGGAGCCCGCCCGCAGGUUACAGCAGGAGCUGCCACGGUGUCCGGGAAAAGCUUUCUGCUUUCUGCUGCUGCUUGAUUCUCUUGCUGUUACCCAAAAGCUUCUCGGGCCUGCUGGUCGUCCACCACGGUCUCUGGUGUGGGAAGAUAACUGGAGAACAGAUAUUUUCAUGGCCUCAUUGAAAGAGAUGGACAAAGGCAACCCUGUGAGGCUUGUCCUGACUGUCAAUGGAAAGCUGCUCCAAGGUGUCUCCAGCAGUACACCUGCCCAUCCCUUCCUUAUACCAGAGACCACCCAGUCACCAGUGCUCCCAGUAGAUGAUGGGCCUCUUGGCCAGAACCUGGAGGAUCCUACUGGAGUUAAGAGUCAGAGCUCAGAGGUGGCUGCCAGAGCAUCCAGGCCUGUGAAGAAGGAUGUCCAGCCACCACUGAGGACUGUAGUGGUGCCCUGUGCCCUGAAGUCACCAGCUGGAAAGGUGGAAUCCAAUGAGGCCUGGAGGAAGAGUCCUGACCAAGGACCACCAAGAGUCCACUCCAAAAAACCCAGGAAAGUUUUAUUUGAACCCACAGCAUCGGAGAGAAAUCUUGAUGAAGAAGAUCUGGCUGUGAAGGAGCUGCAAGGCAGUCCCAGCCCUCGGUGGUGCCAUGCCAUGUGCCUCAGUGACCUGGGGACAGCUGUUCUCAUUGGUGGACAAGGUGUCAAUCAACAGUCCUGCAGGGAUGCUCUCUGGAAGCUGGAAAUUGACAGUGAUUUGUGGCUUCCAGUGGGUUUCCAGCUACAAAGUGCCAUGCCAUCAUGCUUGCAUGGUCACACAGCUACCUACGACCCGGACACCAAGCGUAUCUACAUCUUUGGGGGCAUAAGGGAGGACAAAGACUACAGCAGCAUCUACAUUCUGGACACAGUCAACUGGAAGUGGCUCCUUGUGGCUGCUAAAGGGAGGAUACCAGUGCUCACCUACCACAGUGCAACUAUCUACCACAAGGAGCUCUUUGUUUUUGGAGGGACUUUCCCCAAAAAGGCACCGCUGGCAGCUACACCCUGCAGCAAUGUGCUCUAUGUCUUCAAUCCAGAGCAUGAAAUUUGGUAUCAGCCCAUUUCAGAAGGGGAGAAGCCUCUGCCUAGGCUUGGACAUUCAGCUACUCUAUUGAAAAACAAGCUGCUGAUUUUUGGGGGUCAGAGGACUUCUCUCUACCUCAGUGACAUGCACAUUCUGGAUCUGGGUUUCAUGGAGUACACACCAGUCCCCCUCCUGGCAGGACAGCCUUCUGCACGUUGUUUUCAUGCAGCUCUGGCUGUGUCGGAUCAGAAGGUUCUGAUCAGUGGAGGCUGCAAUGCCAGAGGAGCCUUGCAUGAUGCCUUUGUCUUCCACCUAGAUACUCUUUCAUGGAGCACAGUGAUCCACCACGACCUCUGCUCUGUUCCCCGAGCUGGCCACACGUUGCUUGACCUGACUCCUCCCCACUUGAUGGAUAUGGACGAGGAGAACAAAGAGGAGCAGAACCUGCACACAGUGUUGGUCUUUGGGGGCUCCAACUGUGCUGGGACCUUUUAUAACAGCACAGUCAAGAUCCAGCUGGACCUAGGAUAAUGCAUGAUUCUCAGAAUGAGCCUGAACAGCAAGGCUCUUCACCAGCCUAAAUACAGAUAUGGAUGGCAAUAAAUGAGUCCAAGCAACAUGGCAGUCCAGGAAUCUGUAUGUAGGUGAAUGCCACCUUGGUACAAGAGAUUGUGGGUUUGUAAAAUCUGAAGGCUGUGGGUAUUGUUCUCCUAGGGUACCUGAUAUACAGUAUCUGGGGCUCAGGUGCCAAAACAUUCAGUGGGAUCUGAGCUGAGUCUGCACAAGAACACAGACACAAGAUUAUGGGUUCCCUUCUUGCUGCAGAGGUUUUUAGCUGGAAUUGCCAGGGUGCUUUCAGCUUUGAAGGUGACUUAGAUGUUUGGUUUCAUUUGGGAUGAGUGGAACGGUAUUUACUGCUGCUAUUUGCAAAGUCCUCAGAGGCAUGAUUCUGGUUUGGAGGUAUCUGGGGUAGGAUUCCCUUGGGCAACAGUCUGCAGCUGAAGGCUAGGAAAACACCUAAAGCAGUAUCUGAGGAUGGGGAAAAGAAGAUAGCAUAAUUUUCAGUGUAGAAAAGAGAGCUGGUUGUGCCUUGCUGUCUAUGGCAUAGUCACCUAGCUUUGCUCUAAGCAGACCUGUAAAUUCUGUGCUCUUUUUAUUGCAAGGGGUGACAGAGUUGCUGACUUGGCUGUUUUAAGACCCCAACAAGGGUUAAACUAUCUUCCAUCAAAGACUAGAUCUUAAUGUUUAUAUCCAUGGAACGGAUGACUGUGCUGUGGCUCUAA